UCUCUACACAUUGUCAAGUAUUUCUCAUAAAUCACAAUUCUCUACAAAUUGAUUUCGAAAUUUCUUUCCAAAAAUGUUUCACAACGUAAUGUGCGCCUCCGGCCGGGCUGUGCUGCCCGCCGAACUGAACUGUUUCAGCGAAUUGGCGCACACUCAUCGUUUGCCGGACUCGCGUUUAUUUUACGAGGAUCACAAGUUUCACACGAACAUGCAAAUGUUGCGCAAUCGUGACGGCUUGGGUCCGCCUCUGAAGCGGGGCAUGGAACGUUUUGCGGCACGCCAAACGGGCCGGCUACCAUUUCUGCGAUCGAGCAACUUGAUGGAGCACGUGCUCACUGGCCGCCUCGAGGACAUCUCCUUCGAGGAUGUGCUCAGCCAGCCGCAGCACGAUGAGCACUUGCAUCAGCCGCACAUCAUCGUGGAGCGGGCCAUGGGCAUCUCUCUCUAGACAACUACAUACUUCAAUGCAUUCUCUGUUACAUGAACGUAAUAAUAAAAAAAAACCAACCCGUUGCAGCGACAAAAAAAAACCCUAACGUGGAAGUGCUCGACUAGCAGAUACCCUAAGUCAUAUAGAUGACUUCGGGUAUUAUUCGUUUAUAGAUAAAUUAUAAGAGUCUACUUACCAAGUUUUUUGUUCGCUAAAAGUUGACCAGUUCCUGCAUCCAAUCAAA